AUGGAAAAUAGGCUCGGAGACCCAUGGCGAGGCUCAGUCGGAGGCAUAGUCGAUGCAACUAUAGAAAAAGUAUGGCCCAUAGUGUCGCAAACUAAACGGCUGCCUGAAUGGAUGCCUAUGGUCGAAACAUGCACUCACCUACAAGGAGUCGAGGGUGUCCCUGGCUACGUUCGGUUAGUUUCGGGCUUUAUGUUUCCUCAAGAUGACGGUGAUCGAUCCUGGAUCAAAGAACGACUAAUUUCCAUGGACCCAUUGUUGCAUAGCUACGUGUAUAGAAUGGAGGCUAGCAAUGUGGGCUUGGACGGAUCCGUAAAUUCACUCAAACUAAUAGAUUAUGGGGAUGGUUCAACCUUGGUUGAUUGGUCCUUCCAAAUAAUUCCGGUUGAAGGGGCGUCCGAAGAAAGUCUCAUAGAUUAUCUUGGAUUGUUGUAUAAAUCAUGUAUUAACAAGAUAGUGGGUGCUAUAGAAGCAUCCUCAACAAAGAAUUGA